CCACAAACAGGAAUCAAAGGAAAAGGGGAAACAGAAAGCUCGAGAGAAAAAAAGCUGCUCGCCGCGAUGGCGCUCUCCAUCCCCGAGAAACAACCUUCCUCUAUCUACGCCCACGCCUUCUCCGACGACUCCGCCAGCUUCUCCGACAUUGUUUUCGGCUUCUUCGAACAACCCGCCGCCGAGGACGACUCUCCCUCUCCCAAUACCUCUUCCGCCACCUCCACGGACUUCCCAGACGACAACGACGACGUGGCGGAAGACCCCAGCUAUUCGGAAGAGAGGAAGAAAUUCUGGGAAACCCAAAACGAGCUCCUACAGACGACAUUGUACAGAACAACUUCCGUGGAAACCAAGAUUCGUCAGGACACCAAGGAUGCCCUGAUCGAGAUCGAGAAGCUCGGAUCGAACUGCACGUGCGGAAAAUCAGACGGCUGCGGCGGCUGCCGGACCUGCCUCCGAAGGGAAGUCGCCGGCAGACUACAGAGUCGGGGCCACAAUUGCACGAUUUGCAAGUCCAAGUGGAAGGGGAACUGCCUCGGCUUAUCUGCAGGGGAGCAUUCGUACUUGGAAGUGGUGGAGAAUUCGACCAAGAGAGGGGAAGUGAGGGUGAUCGUCGAAUUGAAUUUCCGGUCGGAGUUCGAGAUGGCGAGGGCGAGCGACGAAUACAACCACCUAAUCGCCCGGCUGCCGGAGGUGUUCGUCGGCAGGGUAGACCGGCUAAAGAAUCUGAUCAAGACGCUCUGCUCCGCCGCCGAGGCGUGUUCGAAGGAGAAGAAGAUUCAUCUGGCGCCGUGGAGGAAGUACGAGUACAUGAAGUCCAAAUGGUUCGGUGGGUCGUGCGAGAGAUUCGUCCCGGCGGCGGCGGCGCUGCCUGCUGCGUACUAUCACCGGCCGGCGAAGCCCAGAGCGUCGAUGCUGACUUUUGACCUGUCGGAGAACAAGCCUUUCCCGGCGGCGAUGCAUAUGACAGCAGUUAAAGUCGUGUGAGAAAGGGUGGCCGGAGGGGUUGACAAGAGUAAUUUUGAUCCAAGCUUAAGAAGAAGUCGCCGGUUGCUUAUUAGUUAUGAUGAUUGGAAGAGGGGUUUGGUAGGCAACAAAUUAAGAUGGAUGUGACUUUUUUGUAUAUAAGCUAGCUAAGGAGUCAGUAUUAUUUAUGUAUUACGGGUAAUGAAGCUAUAUGUAUCAUAGUAUAUGCGGCGGAUUGGUUAUUGUUGUGAAAGAGGAGGAGCUAGACAAUGAAUGUGAUUGAGAUGUAAAUAUACCGAUUUGGAGUUCCAAUAGUUGUUUCUUCAUAAAUUGUAAAACCCAGAUUGCUCAGGACUGUAAUAUUCUACAUGUAAAUGUUCUGCCUAGUUUUGAAGUUUUUGCUUUGCAUUAUAGUGCAGGAAGAAAAGGGUUUUGAUGGUUGAUGUAAUGGUUGAAAGUUGUACACUUUGAGAGAACCCUUAGUUACAAGGUGUCCUAGAGCUUAAUGCAAUUUUGAUUAACCAUAAAAAUAUAUAUAUAUAU